AUGGAACGUCAAGGCAGUGGAAGCGUCCAUGGCUACCGCAGGCUCCCUAGAACUAGCUCUGGUAAAAUCCCAGAGAUCAACACGAGGCUGCCUGAGAUGAACCACACCACCACCAACAACCACUCAGCCGCCACCGAUGACAACGAAUGCAUCGUCCGCGAGCAAGACCGCUUCAUGCCGAUUGCCAACGUGAUUCGUAUCAUGCGCAGAAUCCUCCCACCACAUGCCAAGAUCUCGGACGACGCCAAGGAAACAAUCCAAGAAUGUGUGUCUGAGUUCAUCAGCUUCAUCACUGGCGAAGCCAACGAGCGGUGCCAGCGUGAGCAGCGCAAGACCAUCACGGCGGAGGACGUGCUCUGGUCCAUGAGCAAGCUGGGGUUUGAUGACUACAUUGAGCCACUCACCAUGUACCUGCACCGCUACCGCGAGUACGAGGGCGACCGUGGCUCGAUAAGGGGGGAGCCGUUGGUGAAGAGGCCGGUUGAUUUUGGAGCUUUGGGUAUGGCUGCAUUUGCACCAGCAUUUCACAUGGGUCAUCAUCCCGGGUUCUAUGGGCCAGCGGCGGCAAUGGUUGGUUUCUUGAAGGAUGCACCCGGUGGUGGUCCGUCCCAGGCUGCGGUGGCUGACGGGCAUGAAUCACAUGGGCAGUGCAACAAGUGA